AUGUCGGCGGCGGCAGCGGCUGCGGGCACGUACACCCCGGCGGCGGAGGCUGGGGGAAAGCGGCGGGAGAAGAGGGAGGAGCUGCGGCGCCACCUCGCCGAGGACGCCGACUGGCCCCGCGCCGACGGCCGCUCCAUCCACGACUGCCGCCCCGCAUUUAUGCAAACAGGACCAACUACUGCUGCAUCUGGGUCUGCGUACGCAGAAUUUGGGAAGACUAAGGUCAUUGUAUCAGUGUUUGGCCCAAGGGAGAGCAAGAAAGCAAUGCUGUACAGUGACACUGGUAGGCUCAAUUGCAGUGUGAGCUAUACAACAUUUGCCACUGGUAUACGUGGACAGGGAUUGGAAAACAAAGAGUACUCAGGAAUGCUUCAUAAAGCCCUUGAAGGCGCAGUCAUGCUACAUACUUUUCCAAAGACAACUGUUGAUGUUUUUGCCUUGGUUCUUGAGUCUGGUGGCAGUGAUCUUCCCGUCAUUAUAUCUUGCGCUAGUCUUGCAUUGGCAGAUGCUGGGAUCAUGAUGUAUGACCUUGUUACAUCAGUAUCUGUGUCCUGUUUAGGGAAGAAUGUUAUCAUCGAUCCAACCUCAGACGAGGAGGCAUGGCAAGAUGGAGGCCUUAUGGUGUCUUACAUGCCAACCCGGAGGGAGAUCACACAGCUUACCCUCACCGGGGAGUGGUCUGAUGGCAAAAUCACCAAUGCAGUAGAGCUCUGUAUGGACGCUUGCAGCAAGCUCUGCGAGAUACUGCGGGAGCGCUUGAAAGAUAGUGCUGUCUUGGAGGAGAAUGAAUGACAUUUGAGCAGACACAUGUUUUUCAGAAUCGCAACUGAUAUCCUUAGCUGUAGAAAUUUUGUAGGCAAGGGAUGCCGGGCCUGAUGUUCGAGGGAGCAGAUUUCUGUUGGCUGUGGUGAUUGUUUCGUUUGGUAAAAGAGCGGAUUGUUGAGCGAGAUAAAAAUACUUGGAGGUGUAUGCGAAUGACUUGUACUAUGGGUUUAGAACCCUGGGAUAUCUCGGCACUUUGUAUCACUGUAUGCAUCAGUUUACUGUGUCAAAGCUAUUGCCCUGUAUUUUUGGGCUGCUGCGGAGUUUUUCGUUGUU